CUAUCGUUAUCGAUGACGACUUGCUUAUUCGUUUACAAAUGAGAAAGUGUUUUUAUUGACAUUUUACACAUUUACCGACACAACCGAAUGCUGCCCGACCACAACAAUGCCCAGCUCCAGCAGCCAGUAAGCCAGAGGCCCGCCUGAGGCCAACUCCUGCCCAACUGACUGCCCGUCUGCCCGACACUCCGCCUGCCUGCGUGGAUGGAUGUGUGGUUGUGGGUGCAGAAAUACAUAGGAACGCCAAUAGAAACCAAAUCACCAAUCAGUUAAUUGCCGCGAUUACGCCGGAAUAGACGCGUAGAUAACCCCACGCAAGCGAGGAGAACCUAGGAAAAGUACCAACAAAAAGCAACGAAGAUUGCAGAGAACGCCGGAACGAACGGCGGGGGAAAGCGGAACAAGCGGAGAAACCAAGAUGAGUAAUAGCGGCGCUGCUGCUGCUGAUGGCCAUAACGGUAACCGACGCACCGUGGACUGGCAACGCUUCGGCCUCGGCGGCGACGACGACGAUGGUGAGGUGGCGGUGGCCAGUUUCCGCCAGAGGACCAACAACAAUACCGGCGGCUUCGUGGACCUGGGCAAUGAGUAUACAUAUGCGGCCGGUGGUCAUCAUGCCUCCGGAGCUAAUGAGAUCUUUGCCGGCGAGCAGGGCGACAAGCCUUGGUGGCGCUCGAACUUCUUCAUCUCGCAACCGGUGCUCUUUGGCACCUGGGAUGGGGUCUUCACCUCCUGCCUGAUCAACGUGUUCGGCGUCAUUGUGUUCCUCCGCUCCGGCUGGAUUGUGGCCCAGGCGGGCAUCCUCAAUGCCGUGCUGAUUAUUUUCUGCACGGUGGUAAUUGCCUUGGUCAGUGUCCUGUCCGCCAUUGGUAUCUGCGAGCGGUGUCGCGUGGAGAGCGGCGGCGUCUACUUCCUGAUUGCCCACACCCUGGGCUCCCGUUUCGGCGGCGCCCUGGGCUUGCUGUAUUGUUUUGGCCAGGCGGUAGGCUGUGCUUUGAAUGUCAUGGGUUUCGGUGAGUCCAUGGCUGGCUUGGUGGGUCUCGAGGGCAACAAGUGGGCCAUCAGGGGCUUUGCCACGGCGGCUGUCCUGCUUCUGGGCUGCAUCAAUGUGGCCGGCGUCAAGUGGGUGAUUAAGCUGCAGUUUAUACUGCUGAUGAUCCUGCUUAUCUCGGCGCUGGACUUUAUGGUGGGCAGCUUCAUCACCGAGGAUAGUAAACACGGCGUGGAUGGCUGGGUAACUGGUAACUUUGUGGAGAAUCUGUGGCCAAAAUAUGAAGACGGGUAUUCGUGGUUCCGUGUCUUUGGUGUGUUCUUUCCCACCGUCACUGGUGUGCUGUCGGGCAUCAAUAUGAGCGGAGAUUUGCGUGCUCCAUCCACGGACAUACCCAAUGGCACCUUGGCUGCAUUUGGCACUUCGACCUUCCUUUACCUGGUGUUUGUCUUGUUUUUGGGCGCCACCUGUCAGCGUCCUAUUUUGUACACGGACUUUAUGAUCUCUGUCAAGGUGUCGGCGGUGCAUUUCCUGCUGCUGGCAGGCAUCUAUGUUUCCAGCAUGUCCUCCUGCCUGGGCGCCAUGUACGGCACACCGCGCGUGCUUCAGAGCAUAGCCAAGGAGAGCGUCAUACCCGGCAUCGAUGUCCUUGGCAAGGGGCGUGGACCCAACAAAGUGCCUUUGUAUGCCAUGGCCAUUGUGGCUUUGGUCACCGUCACCUUCAUCAUUGUGGGCGACAUCAACUUCCUGGCCCCCAUUGUCACCAUGCCCUUCCUGCUGACCUACGCCUGCAUCGACUAUGCCUACUUUGCCCUGGCCCAGACCUUUGACAUUCAGGAGCAGCGCGAGGAGCGCUUCCGCAUCCAAGCCUCGAGUCCCAGCUAUGAGACGCGUCGCUAUGGCAGUGUCUCCGAUGGGGGCAAUGACCUGGAUUUGCUCUUCCCCGACCGUGUGCGUCACAAGAAUCUGCAGAGUCCGCAGAAUUCGCCCAUGCAUCAGGCAGUGCCGCUGGAGUUCAAUAGGACGGAAGGACCCAGUACCUCCAGUCAGGUUACCGUGGAUCAGCAGGAGCAGCAGGAGCAGGGCACUGGCGGGGACAAUGACACGGUAGCGGAAGCGGAAGCGGAACCCAUUGCCCCCAUACGUCCGCCAAUUCAUUCCAAGACGAAAAACUGGUAUUCAGGCUACUGCAAUCGCUGGGCCUCGCUUCUGGGGGCCUUCACCAAGCUGCUGGUUAUGCUGCUGGUCAACUGGUACUAUGCCCUCACCUGCUUCCUGGUUGUGUUUGUCGUCUGGUUCUAUGUGGGCACUGCCAAUCCGGCCGUGAAACCCGGCCUCACAGCCGAGUUUAACUUUUUUGCCUGGCUGAAGAGCAUUGUUUUUCGGUGCUUUGGCAAACGCAUGCACGAGUACGAGCAAAUUGUGGUAACGCCCUCCUGCCCCGGCGUGGAUCUGUCGCCCACGCAGCUGAACGAGCAGAACGAGGACUUCCGGCCGCGUCCCAACUAUCAUCACUCGUCGGUCAUCGAGGGACGACUCAUUGAUGAUAUCUAAAGGGGUAACCAGCGUCUGCAAUAACUUAAUAUAAGCUUUGGGCUAAGCAAGAGCAAGUGAAACUACAACUAAAACAAAAACUAAAACUAAAACUAUAUAUAAUAUUCGA